AUGGACAUGGCUCUCAGCACUCGCUCCAUGGAGAUCCCUGCGCCUUUUAUCGUGGCACCGACCGGGCGAUGGGAGGGCAAUGAUGGCAAUUGGUCUACCUUCGCCUUCACUGUUGGCUCGCCGGCACAACACUUUCGAGGGCUUCCAUCGUUGAUCGGCUUGGAGAUAUGGGUGCCAAUGACACCGGACGCCUGUGUCAACGUGAUGGCAGAUCAGAUCGAGUGUAUGUUCUCUCGCGGCGCUGUAGACGGAGGCUUCAUGUCGAAUACGUCCUCGACGUGGUCACAGAUCGACAUCUUCCAACUGCCCGACCAAGCAUAUCUGUACGGCCAGGACAACAACGCGCUGUUCGGCACAGACGAUGUCACACUCGCUGGUGUCGAUGGCAGUACCUUGAGCUGUACUGCACAGACAGUGGCUGGAUUCGCAACGACCGACUUCUGGAUGGGCACGUUCGGUCUAGGAGUGAACCAUACUGCGUUCGGAGGUUCCGUGCAUCCCAGUUUCCUGGCCUUGCUGCGAGAUCAGAGCUCGAUACCCAGCUUAUCGUUUGGCUAUACCGCCGGGGCCUCGUAUGAAGCUUCGCAUGGCAGUCUUGUCCUCGGUGGCUACGACGAAGCAUGUUUCGAAGCUACGAAUCUCAGCGUACCCAUUGUGCGGGAUAGCGGUAGCCUGAGGUUGAUGGUGCAAAAAUGCAGGACAGAGGAAAGAGGAAAGAGCAGCGCCCUUGCGCUUCGUUAG